AUGUGUGUGCGUCAUCAGAACAACACCUCGUGUGGCAGAGCCAUGUGUGUUCGUAUUCAGAACAACACCUCCUACGGCAAAUCAAAUCGUGUUCGCACUCAGAACAACACCUCGUGUGGCAGAGCCAUUUGUGUGCGCACUCAGAACAACACUUCGUGCGGCAGGGGUCAUGUUUGUUCGCACUCAGAACAACACCUCGUGCGGCAGAGUCAUGUGUGUGUGCACUCAGAACGACACCUCGUGCGACAGAGCCAUGUGUGUUCGCACUCAGAACAACACCUCGUGCGACAGAGCCAUGUGUGUUCGCACUCAGAACAACACCUCGUGCGACAGAGCCAUGUGUGUUCGCACUCAGAACAACACCUCGUGCGACAGAGCCAUGUGUGUUCGCACUCAGAACAACACCUCGUGCGGCAGAGGUCAUGUGUGUUCGCACUCAGAACAACACCUCGUUCGGCAGAGGUCAUGUGUGCUCGCACUCAGAACAACACCUAUUGCGGCAGAGGUCAUGUGUGUUCGCACUCAGAACAACACCUCGUGCAGGAGAGGUCAUGUGUGUUCGCACUCAAAACAACACCUAUUGCGGCAGAGGUCAUGUGUGUUCGCACUCAGAACAACACCUAUUGCGGCAGAGGUCAUGUGUGUUCGCACUCAGAACAACACCUCGUUCGGCAGAGGUCAUGUGUGCUCGCACUCAGAACAACACCUAUUGCGGCAGAGGUCAUGUGUGUUCGCACUCAGAACAACACCUCGUGCAGGAGAGGUCAUGUGUGUUCGCACUCAGAACAACACCUAUUGCGGCAGAGGUCAUGUGUGUUCGCACUCAGAACAACACCUAUUGCGGCAGAGGUCAUGUGUGUUCGCACUCAGAACAACACCUAUUGCGGCAGAGGUCAUGUGUGUUCGCACUCAGAACAACACCUAUUGCGGCAGAGGUCAUGUGUGUUCGCACUCAGAACAACACCUCGUGCAGGAGAGGUCAUGUGUGUUCGCACUCAGAACAACACCUCGUGCAGGAGAGGUCAUGUGUGUUCGCACUCAGAACAACACCUCGUGCAGGAGAGGUCAUGUGUAUUCGCAUUCAGAACAACACCACGUUCGGCAGAGGCAUGUGUGUUCGCGUUCAGAACAACACCUCGUGCGGCAGAGCCUUGUGUGUUCGCACUCAAAACAACACUGUGUCUGGCAGAGCAAUGUGUGGGCGUUCUCAUAACAACACCACGUGCGACAGAGCCAUGGGUGUGCGUACUCAGAACUACACCUCAUGUGGCAGAGCCAAGUGUGUUCGUACUCAGAGCAACACCUCGUGCGGCCGGGCAAUGUGUGUGCGUACUCAGAACAACACCUCGUGCGGCAGAGCCAUGUGUGUUCGCACUCAAAACAACACCUCGUGCGUCAGAGCCAUGUGUUUGCGCACUCAGAACAACACCUCGUGUGGCAGAGCCAUGUGUGUUCGCACUUAGAACAACACCUCGUGCAGCAGAGCCAUGUGUGCUCGCAUUUAGAACAACACCUCAUGUGUCAGAGCCAUGUGUGUUCGCACUUAGAACAACACCUCGUGCAGCAGAGCCAUGUGUGCUCGCAUUUAGAACAACACCUCGUGUGUCAGAGUCAUGUGUGUGCGUUCUCAUAUCAACACCUCGUGUGUCAAAUCCAUGUGUGCGUACUCAUAACAACACCUCGUGUGUCAGAGCCAUGUGUGUGCGUACUCAGAACAUCACCUCGUGCGGCAGAUGA